AUGGCCGUCGCGCGGGUGCUGCUGCUUCUGUCCGGGCACCCGGAAUCGGCGAGUUUCGCACGCAGUGUGUGUGGCCUCCUGGGCGCCGGACCAGGGCUCGGGCCGUGGCCCACACACUGUAGCUUGAAGCGUGGACAGCUCGUUCUCUCGGACAGACCUUUUCCAGGCGCCUCAGCCAGGCUUCCGCUCCAGCGACCCCCUUUCUGCCCCUUCGCGGCUCUGGACCGGCAGCACAAGGACCUGGAGCCUGAGCUGCCCACACACAGAGGUGUGGAUUUGGGUGUGGCAGUCAUUCUGCAGUCCAGCGACCAGACUGUCCUAUUGACGCGAAGGACUCGCACUCUCAGACUUUCCCCUAACCUCUGGGUACCCCCAGGUGGGCAUGUGGAACUUGAAGAGGAGCUGCUGGAUGGAGGCCUGCGAGAGCUUUGGGAGGAGAGUGGACUCCAGCUGCCCCAGGGCCAAUUCUCCUGGGCCCCUCUGGGUUUAUGGGAGUCUGCCUACCCUCCAAGAUUGAGCUGGGGUUUCCCCAAAUACCAUCACAUCGUUCUCUAUCUCCUUGUGGUCUCCCAGGAGUCACAGCAGCAGCUGCAGGCACGGAUCCAACCAAACCCAAGUGAGGUGAGUGCCUUUUUGUGGCUGGGAUCAGAUGUAGCAGCUGCAGUGGCUGCCACAGAGGAUGGAACAGAGACAGCCACAACUCUCCCUGAAGACCUACCACCCUCUGUACUUGCAAUGGAACUGCAGGAGGAUGGAGAAGCACGACCGCUGGUCCUGCCUGUGUCCACACUGCUACGGACGACCCCCACCACAGCUGAGUGUAGUGAGAGGGUCAGCACGGGGACCAAAUUUGCCCUCAGGCUCUGGCUGCAACACCUGGGCAGGUAAGAUGUGACACCCCCACGAUCUGGAAGUACAGCUCACCUGGAUCCAGGGCGCAAAGAAGAACUGAACAAGAACCCCCUUCCCCGAAGCCAGGGGUCUGGCAAGUCAAGUCCAUAA